AGCAUCCUUCCACCCAAUUUCCAUACGAGGCCACCAGGGCCCAGGGAGCAUGCCCACCCAUUCCCGGCACCUCUGACGGUUCUGCCCAUCUCUUGUCCCUGCAGGUUCGGGGCGCCCGCCCCCCACUAGCCCCAGCGGAGGGGCUGUCCCCGCCCAUGGGCCUGGCCGAGGCCCUGCGCCGCCUGAGCGGCGCCCUGGCUUCCGGGGACGGCGGGGCGGGCGAUGAGGAGGCCGGGCCGGGGCUGUGCCGCAACGGGUGGGCCCCGGCCCAGGCCCCGGCCGCCGGGCGGCGCCGCGGGCGCUUCGUCAAGAAGAACGGCCACUGCAACGUGCGCUUCGUGCACCUGGGCGGCCAGGGCGCGCGCUACCUGAGCGACCUGUUCACCACGUGCGUGGACGUGCGCUGGCGCUGGAUGUGCCUGCUCUUCUCCUGCUCCUUCCUGGCGUCCUGGCUGCUCUUCGGCCUGGCCUUCUGGCUCAUCGCCUCGCUGCACGGCGACCUGGCCGCGCCGCCGCCGCCCGCGCCCUGCUUCUCGCACGUGGCCAGCUUCCUGGCCGCCUUCCUCCUGGCGCUGGAGACGCAGACGUCCAUCGGCUACGGCGUGCGCAGCGUCACGGAGGAGUGCCCGGCCGCCGUGGCCGCCGUGGUGCUGCAGUGCAUCGCCGGCUGCGUGCUCGACGCCUUCGUCGUGGGCGCCGUCAUGGCCAAGAUGGCCAAGCCCAAGAAGCGCAACGAGACGCUCAUCUUCAGCGAGAACGCCGUGGUGGCGCUGCGCGACCGCCGCCUCUGCCUCAUGUGGCGCGUGGGCAACCUGCGCCGCAGCCACCUGGUGGAGGCCCACGUGCGGGCCCAGCUGCUGCAGCCUCGGGUGACCCCCGAAGGGGAGUACAUCCCGCUGGACCACCAGGACGUGGACGUGGGCUUCGACGGCGGCACGGACCGCCUCUUCCUGGUGUCCCCCAUCACCAUCGUGCACGAGAUCGACGCCUCCAGCCCCCUCUACGAGCUGGGGCGCGCCGAGCUGGCCCGGGCCGACUUCGAGCUGGUGGUCAUCCUGGAGGGCAUGGUGGAGGCCACGGCCAUGACCACGCAGUGCCGCUCCUCCUACCUCCCCGGGGAGCUGCUCUGGGGCCACCGUUUCGAGCCCGUCCUCUUCCAGCGCGGCUCCCAGUACGAGGUGGACUACCGCCACUUCCACCGCACGUACGAGGUCCCGGGGACCCCCGUCUGCAGCGCCAAGGAGCUGGACCAGCGGGCAGAGCGGGACUCCCGCGGCCCCAAGGCCGGCUUCCCCGACUGUCUGGCGGCUUUCUGCUACGAGAACGAGCUUGCGCUGAGCUGCUGCCAGGAGGAAGAGGAAACCCAGGACGGGGCGGAGUCGGAGGCAGAAGAGGGGGCCGCCAGCCCCCGAGGACUCACACCAACCCCGUCUCUGGCCCCGCCCCCGUGAUACCGGCUGGUGCCCCCUCCCCCCCCAUUUGUAGCCCCUUCCCAGGGGCAGCAACAUGGAGAGAUGGGGCCCUCCGCUGGGACCUGCAGGCCAGCUGGGUAAACCGUUAGCCGGUGACGUUCUGCCUGCCUAGUGGGCGUGGCGCGCUCCCUCCUGAGACCCCUUUAUUGGCUGGAUUCCUCAGUCUCGGCAGGGCUAAGGGAUCCAGGAUUCUGGACCCCACCCAGGAGGCACGGGCUGGUGGUUCUAGAUUCUUCUACAUGGCUGGCUUGGGUUGUUGAGCAGGGUCAGGCAUCAGUCAUACAGACUGCCUCUGGGGGAGGAAGUCGGCAGGUCUCAAAGCAGCGGGAGAGAGAGGGAGAGUUUACAGGUCUGGGUCGGUCUGCUAUGCAAGGGACCAUGCGGCUCGGCUCAGCCAACCAAGCAGCAAGUCAUCUUUCUCUAGACCACCUGAGGAGG